AUUUCGCGACCGGGAUCGCUGUGAUCGCUGUUAACUCUACGACUCGGUUACUGCGCGAUUGAAAUGUCUCACGAACCAUUAAAACGAUCAACUUCUGUUGGAGAUAAAAGGCAAUGGAUUCGCCCUGAUUUACCGUCAAAAUGUACGUGGCACUUGGGUAUAGAUAUUUCCGAGUCGCCUCAUCAACACAACAAGACGUCAACAAAGUGAGUGAACUCAAGCAACGUUGUCGUCAUGUCUCAGGUCAAUUAUUUGUUAAAUUUCACAACUUGUUUUCUUGACUAGGGAUUCGCAAGAGAAGAUCCUUCCGAACAUUCUUUAUCGUAUUGGAAAGACGCCAUUAGUCAGGAUAAACAACAUAGGAAAGAGUUGUGGCUUGAAAUGCGAGUUGUGUGAGUACUUUAUUAUAUUCAUGGUCCACCGCGCAAUAUGUUUGAAAUUUACAACCUGUUGUUGAAAUCUUCGUUCCCUGUAUACCAGAGUGCUUACUUAUUUACUCUUUUCGUUUGCUGGCUGACAAGUGAAUGAAAAAAAGAUCAUAUGUUUCUUUCUUUAAGUGGCGAAGUGCGAGUUUUUCAACGCCGGAGGCUCAGUAAAGGACAGAAUUGGCCUAAGGAUGAUCGAGGACGCUGAGCGAGAAGGCAGAAUUAAACCAGGGGAUACACUGAUUGAACCAACGUCAGGGAAUACUGGUGAGUUUUUAGGAACUGCUUUCUUUUGCUGGAGUGAGACUCAAUUGUUUUUGUUCCCAAACAACGACCGCAAGACUUGAGCGAAUCAAACCCGUUGUCAGCGGAAGUUUCUGAAUUUUAUAUUCAUCUGCAAGAUCUCUAAAGACUUGCUUUUUUUCAGCUGUCUUACUUUAUAUAAUAAUUAUCAACGCUAAGAUAUACUGUUUUUUAAUAAUUUGAAAAGUAAGUGUAAAAGUAAAAUGAAGUGGGAAAAUGUAUACUCUUUGUAGGUGUGUGCGGAGGUGUGUCUGAGGGCACUUCCGGUUUUGCUCUACGUGAAGAUAAAAUGUUAAUAUGUUGAGCAUUUAUUAAUUGGAAACUCAUUAAUUUUUAUCUGUCUUUGAUGGUCAGUGCAUAUACACUGUACCAUGAUGCCAAAAAUCCCUGAGAGGUGCUAUGCUAAAUGUAUGAUUUACUGUUUACAGGCAUUGGCUUGGCUUUAGCAGCAGCUGUCAAGGGCUACCGUUGCAUUAUUGUUAUGCCAGAGAAGAUGAGCAAAGAGAAGGUGACUUGUCAUUGCUGUUUCCAGUCCCACACAGUUAAAGUCACUAAGUUUAUGAACAGUUAUAAUUCAGAGUCUUAUUUGCAUGGUCCGGCAAUAAGUUUUUCUGAACAUGAAAUGAGGGCUGGAAAUAAUUUAGGCUAAAUUAUGUGACUCUUGCAAGAAAAAACAAGGAAAUUUAUAAAUGAUCAGUGAAAGGCAGUUUAGGCUUUUUUUCCACAGCCCCCUUCCUUUUAUUGUGGGAUAAUGUAAGAGCAUGGUAACUUAAAGUUUGUAAAUUUAAUCUUCUUUCAGGUGGAUGUUUUGCGAGCUCUUGGAGCAGAAAUUGUCCGUACCCCAACAGAGGCCAAAUUUGAUUCCCCAGGUAAGUGAUAAAACUGUGAUGCUGGGCUUGCGAAUGUGAAAUGCAGAUUUAAAGUUUGUUUUAAUUAUUUUACCAUUCCCAUCUGUAGAGUAAAUAAUGGUUUAUUUUAAGGCUCUGUGUCUAGAUGGUUUGCAUUUUGAGGGUUAAAAAAAUUAAUAAGUGGUUUCUUUCAAUAACUGGUUUUGUCCAGUCCUCCAGUUGGGAUAUACUUUAUAUAGAAGAGUAUAUACUACCUACAACUGAAACGAAACAGGGUGCAAUGAGAGCCAGUUUAAUUUACAGCCUGUCAUUCAGGCAAGCUGUAGCUACAUGUAUAGCAUAUAUCAGCCUAAAAAUAAUCACAACUAGCCCCAAAUAGUUUUUUGAUGAGGAGGAUUGAUUACAUUUCUUCUGUAACUUGAAUUUUCCAAAAAAACUUUAAGAAUGGAAUUUACUAGUCCGAUAUAUCAAAAUCCACUAGCCUCAGGCUGUUGGAGCAAGUAGCUAACAACAGUUGCUAAUAACAUUUUUCUCAGUUAAAUGCUCCCGGCAUUUAAUUCAAACUUGGUCUUUUGGACCUGAUGCUUAUUUGAAUUUGCAGUUCCUUCAGGCCUGCUAUUUUUAAAGAAAAGUUGUUUAAUAGGCCUUUUUUUGACAACUAUGUAUAUGUUCUGGUUCCAUUUUGUCCUUGGCUGAAAUUUUAUUCUCCUUUCUUCUAGACUCAUUAUCAUACAUUACCAUCCCCAAAAACAAAGGAAAAAUAACAAUAUUAAACCAAGGAUAACACUGAACCACAACAUACACAUGUAGUCUUCAAAAUAAUAUGUUUAUCAGUCUCGCAUGUGGUAUGUCAGUUAGAGGCCUGGAUUAAUAAUUGUGUGGUUGCAGAAAAUAUCCAUACCCUCACCAUGGAGGGAAUUUCACUUAGGACCCCCCCUCCCACCUCCCUGGAUUUUCCAUAUUUGUAAGGAACUGAUGACCCCCCCUUUUUUUCACAAAGUAAGACAAAGACCCCCCGACCCCUCUGGACAAGUUUAUUUUAACAGAAAAAGGUUAUCAAAGUAUUAAGAACAACGCCGUUUGCUGCUAUGCAAUGGUUUUCAUUUAAUUUUAUUGAGAUGUCGCGAAUAAGAACACAGUUAACCAGCUACAAAGCAACCUGAACUACAAAAUAUUGCUUAUCCCUUUAAAGUUGUAUCUGUCAGUUUACCUUGAUGUGCAAGCUUACGAUUUUUUUUCAAAACGGCAGGUAGCCGUCUCCACGGCCGUAAUAGGGAGUUUAUGCAACAACGACGGCGACGGCUAUGAAAACGUCACUUAAAAAGUGAAUUUGCGCUGCCUCAAACUUAAUAGCUCUUAUUCCAUCUCAUUUAAUUUGUCAAUUUUUGGCAAACUUUUCUGGAGUUGAAUUCUAAAGGACUGCAUCAAAGUCCAGGAAAAGAAAAAGAAAGUUGUAGUCUUUUGUUCCCGUCCUCGACAAAACAUGAAAUUAGGCACUUUCAUGUUGUAGUCAUGCAACGACUGCAGAGCAACGUACAAAAAAGCCUGAUGCACAUGCAAAGUUGUUGUUUUGGUUGUCUAAACCUAUUGCUUUUUUGCUAUUCUUGUUGCCGUAAUUCCAUGAAAUCCCUAAUGUUGAUGGAACGAAUGCCAUUUCAACGUGAAUAUGAUCGUGAGCACAUCAAACUUUAAAACACAAAAUUAAGGGAAAACAAAAAGGAGAAGAAAAACUCUAGAUUCUGAAAUCAUAGACUACAAGUAGUCCCCAUUUUUCCUCGGGAAUAGUAGAGUGAGCGGGCGUGAAAAUCACCCCAUGCGAGAAAAGCGAGACGCACUGGGGAGGCACCACGUCUCGCUUUUCUCGCGUGAGGUGAUUUCAUGCGCGCUCACAUUUUGCUCGCUCUACUAUCCCUCAGGAAAAAUGGGGACUACUCGUAGUCUACUGAAAUCAUUACAUCAUAUACCUUCUGCUUCUUGAAGCGAAACUUUCAGUGUUGUACUGUUUUUCGAUCGACUGAUGUUGCGCCAAGAUCCAACUCGAAGAAACGUAGCUUAUCGUACCAGAACUAUGUAACUACAACUGUCACGUGUUUAGGUCUCUAAGGAGACUGGUAAUGAGUAAUGGCGGUCAAUAUUCUGCAUGUGACAAGAUGAGUUUUUGUUGGCCUAGCAGAGGAGCCUAAUUCCUUUGGAUUCGCAUACAUAACACUUUUGGAAGAAAGAUUACCUGGUUUAGAUGAAAAAACAAUCAUAAAUGAUAUAGUUAAACUUACUUAUGUCUUCCAAAGUGAUCUACCAGAUCAGUAAGUACCAAUUUUCGUACUGAGUUCGAAUUUAACCCCUUGGAAUGUGAUUUUUAUCGUCCAACCCCACUCCACUGUGGAAUUUCCUGGGCCUCUGUACUCCCCCCCUCCCCAACCCCACCGCCUUGGAAUUUCCAAUUCCCUCCGUGGUGGAGGUAUGGCUAUUUUCUGGAACCACAUGUUGCAUUUGCACAUAAAAUGUAAUAGUGUUUACUAAUAUUUUUAUGUUGCUUGUUAUUUUACUUCACAGAAUCCCACAUUGGUGUUGCACAGAGACUGAAUGGUGAAAUACCAAAUUCUGUUAUCCUUGAUCAGGUACUUAUUUCAAAUUCUAUAUCUACAACAGAGUAGAUUAUUUUAGGUCACUUUCUAACCAAUUACACUCAAUGUGUUGUUUCAUAAAACGUUAUAUUCCUUUCUUUAGUAUCGCAAUGCAGGCAAUCCACUGGCACAUUAUGAUACUACUGGACAGGAAAUACUUGACCAGUGUGAUGGUAUGUGUGAUUAUAAAAAUUUUUAUGCAAAAAGGGGUUUUAUCAACCUAGUCAAUCUACAUUUGUCAUAUAAUUUUUUAAAUCUUUUUAAGGUGGAAAGUUAACCUUGUCAACUUAGUUGAUAAAACCAAAUUUUUUCGUUUCUCUCCCUCACUGUUGCAACACCCCACAAUUUCUUUAGAAACUAUCCUGUUUGGGUAAAUGGAUAAAUGAACUGGAUUUUUGGGAAUUAUUGAAAUAUGGAUGGCAGUCACUGCACAAAAUGAUAUGUAAUAAAAAAGGUAUGAACAGAAUGGGUGGAAACGAUGGGAUGGUGAAUAGUAUGAGGUGGACAGUCUAUGGUGGAGAACAUGGAAUGGAUCGAAUGGCAGCACCAAUUCAGCUUGUCAAAUGAAGGAGGCUCAUGAACAAAAUUGAUUUAUUGUAAACAACACUGGGGCAGUAAUAUAGCCAUUAGAUUUAAUUCAUUCAUUUUUCACUUGAAUUCAGGUAAUCAAUUAUGACUUCGAGUUCAAUUUGGAAUUUAUUCACACAAGUGUUUUUUUCAAAACGUUAACGUGUACAGGCUUAUGCAAUAUGAACUUUAAUAUCAGCUUUGCACACUGGCAGUUUUUCCACUUGCAAACUUCAAGGCACCGGCCAGCUUCCCACAAGCAGAUUGUGGCACUUGAUUGGUUCUUAUAUACUUCUGUUGUUUGUUAGCCAAUCACAUUUUUUUCUGUAAGAAAUAUGCAUUUUAUUUCCUUCUUUUUGCAUUAUGUUUCCUUGUUUUUGCACUGUGUUUACGAAAAACUGCAGUGCUCUCAGCCAAUCAGAUUCAAGAGAUUUUUUCACAUUUGUUAUUAUAAUUAUUAGAUUAAUAAUAACACUAUUUCAAAAAUUAUUGGCACUCUUUCAUUAUAAUUGUCACUAAAAGUGGUUAUUCAUUAUUGCAUGGGUGUUAUUGGCUAUUAGAGUCAAUAAGAGAUAACCUCCUUUUCAGUGUUACACGCCACUAGUGUUAAUUCACUAAUACCCUGGCUGCUUCUUGCUAAUUAAUGUGAUAAUUAGACCUGUCGGUCUCAAUCAUUUACUUAUUAUAAUUUUCAGUAGAUUCAGUACAUUGUUUACUAAAUCAACAUUUCUGAAAAUUUUCAAUUAAGAACCUCAUCGUAGAAAAGUCUCUGAUUUCCCACUAUGUGUCCUAUACAUGUAUGAAAUGCAUCAGGGCAAAACAGAAAAUCACCAUUCUUUUGUGUGGGUGUUUUCUCUAUAGUAUAUACUGACUGUUUCUUUCAAAGGAAUUUAGUGUGUUAUUUUGCAUGUCCAUUGUAAAUUACUUCACGGCUUAGGCUCUCUUCAAUUUUUAGACACCAUCACCCAUAGGGCAACCUCUUUUUCCUUCACUAUAAGGGUGUGUGGUAGAUAAAGAGAGAUGUGACUUUAAUUUCUUGUAUUAGAUAUUAGCUAAAAUAUAAGGGUUGUUUUGUAAGCCUAGCUAUCUGACAUUCAGAAAAUGAUAAUGUCUUUAUUUCAAAGGAAUAUUACAGUGUACUAUUUUGACGAUUUAAUUCUGGUUUAAGUCAUCCUUAUCUAAUAUCAAAGUUUUCAGACCCUAAAUGCCUGUGAAUUUAAAGCAUUUCCGAGUAUUCAGUGUUCACAAAUUCACUGGGGAAGCAUAACCUCAGACUCUCCUAGAAUGAAGGAUCAUUAUUUUGGAUGUCAUCUACUUUACAGGAACUUCCUUCUACUUCAAACCUAAAACAAUAACAUAGGUAAUACGUGUGUCAUUUUAGGUAAAGUUGACAUGGUUGUUCUUGGUGCUGGUACUGGUGGCACUAUAACUGGUGUGGCAAGAAAACUCAAGGAAAAAUGUCCAAAUGUUAAGGUAAUCAAUAUUUUGAAAUAGUUUUGUAAAUAAUAUAUCAGUAGUUGAUGCUAAUGCUGCUAAUGCUGCAGUUUGCAGAGGAUUGAAACUACAUUGUAUGAUUUGCCAUGUUUGAAAGUCCAGUACACACAGUAUAUAGCUUGCAUGGGAUAUUUAAGAAUAAUAAAUGUAAUAUGGUACUUUUCAGGUGAUCGGUGUUGAUCCUCAUGGGUCAAUCCUGGCUCAACCGGAGGAACUCAAUGAUUGUGACAACCCAAUCUAUCAUGUAAGUUCCAACCUAAAAACUUUAAUUGAACUUUAAGAACUACUGACCAAGUUAAGAUUUCUUUAUUUUUUGUGAAGUGUCCAUGACAUUAUUGAAAGAUCAGAUACCACUUAAUAUAACCAAACAAUACUUAAGUUAGUGUGGUACAUGUAUGCUCCCUAAACCCUUGCUGUGCCUAUUAAGCAUUUUCCAUGCAUGCAAAAAAAAGACAAUGAAAAUAAAGAGAUGAUAAAAUGCUACAUUUUAUCUGUUUUCUUGUAGGUAGAAGGUAUUGGCUAUGACUUUGUACCUACUGUUUUGGACCGCAGCGUUGUUGACAAAUGGUAUAAAGUUGGUGACAAGGAAGCAUUCACUUUUGCCAGACGACUUAUAAGAGAGGAAGGACUGCUUUGUGGUAAAUAUGUUAAGUUUGACACAAUUAGGGGAAUGUUUUUGCUGUCAGGCUUUUUGGUGGAUAUAUUGUCAACUAAUUUGUGUUUUGUUGUUAUAUUAGGUGGCUCAUGUGGAAGUGCUAUGGCUGCUGCUGUGCAAGCAGCACAGACUCUGGGGGAGGGACAGAGGUGUGUUGUCCUGCUGCCGGACUCUGUCCGCAACUACAUGUAAGGCAAAGUAUUCUCCACCUUGUAAUAAAUAUAAUAUUGCUUAGGAAUGUCUCUGGGUACAAUUUCAUGUAUUUUUAAAGCAUGUGAUUCCUUAAGAAUCAUGAGUUUAAUGUUAAUGUAUUUUAAUUUUUCUUUAAUUUUUAGGUCCAAAUACUUGAGUGAUGAUUGGAUGGAAGACAAAGGAUUCCUUGAAAAAGAGAGAAAAGAAGAUAACAACAAGUUUUGGUAUAGAAUAUAUAUAUAUAUAUAUGUCCCUAUUUCACUUAAACUCAUUACCAUACUUAACCAUUAAAUUGACAAAAAAAUAAAACGUUUACCGAGGAUAAAAUUGAAUGUUAUUUCUGAAAGGAAAAAUAUUUUGUUUUGAUAUAUUUAUUGACAAUAUCUCUGCUUUGGAAUGAACCAUAGCAUGGUUUAUUUCAAAGCAGAGAUGUUGUCAGUGACUUAUCCUUUUCUUUUUUUUUAAGAUAGUAAUUAUUACUAAUUGCCAAGGUAGGAGUAAUCAUACCAUGGUUGACACAGGUCAGGAAAUAGUCAGGGCAGGGGAAAGAACAUAGGAAAUCUCACUUCUAAUCAGGGAAAAUUUAAGUCUUUGAGAGAAGUCAGUCAAAAGUGAAAUUUAACGAGUACAUAUUUAUUCUCUUCCCUCUUCUUUAAUUGUUUUCUAACAUUUAAAAUUCUUUUGUGCUUUUUACGGACAUGAAUCUUGUUGCGGGCGACAAGAGGAGCCCACAAUCGUAAUAUCCAGGUUGUUGUUGCACAUGCAUCGUAUGUAGCCAGCAUUCAUUUGGACUUCCAUUAACAAUGAAUGGAAUGCACAGAAAGCAAUUUGAUCAUGCGCCUUUCGACCUUCUACCCUCGUAAUUUGAUCACUUGUAUUUUGACCAUCUGUUAUGUGAAACCUGGGCAAAGAACAGUUUUGGAGCAAAAGCAUUUUGACCUUCGAUUGUUGUCGUCUGCACUCCGCAACCUUUGGUUAUUACUAGUUGUAUUGGUAGAAUAUUGUUCGUGAAAUUGAACAAAAUGCUGAUGUACUGGGUUUUCAAGAAUGUCAGUCCCUUUUGCACGUUAUGUUAAGGAACUAUCAAUUCAUGUACACUGCACGUGACUUGCUGAAAGCAUGAAUAAAAGAGUGAAGAGGAUGGCUCUAUAAAGAAGAGAGCUGAGUCCAUUAUCAGGACUAAUUUGUGCAAUUGUUAAUUCAGUUGGUCAGGGAAAUUUUACAUUUGUCAGGAAAAAAGUCAGGGAAUUUCAGAAACCUCUGGCUGUGGCAACCAUGUAUAUCCUUACCCGACUGAUGUGGUGAUGUGUUAGUCGAUUUUCUACUUCCAUCCAACAAUAAUUUCAGUAUUUUAAAACUUCUACUUGAUUUUAUUAUUAUUUUCCAGGUGGUGGACAAAGAAAGUUUCGUCCCUUAACUUACACACUCCACUAACAGUCCUGCCAACUGUUACCUGUCAGCAGUCUAUUGACAUAAUGGACAAGUAUGUUUCUUAGCAAUAUAAUUAAAGUCCUAGUGGGGUGUCUAUCUUUACAGCAACUGAAUUGCACCAAGCAUGCACGCAUUAUUUAUUCCACAGCUAGAGUCUUAAUUUGUUAACAAAAUAAGAAUGUCUUAGUGUCAUUACUAUAAAGAACACAACUUAAUCAGAAUUUUUAAAUCUGUGUAAAAAAAGUAUUUACAGGAGAUCUGCCAUUUGAAUAAUUUUACGGCGACAUGUAGUAUUUCUUUCACUAUUUAAAGGUCGAUGCCUUGGGAAGAUUAUUUAGCUGUACCAAACGCUGGCUGCAUUAAUAUUCGUUUAAAUGAUGUUUGGAUAGUCUGUCACGCACUUCACAGAUUGUAAAGACAGCGGGCAAAACAGAACCAGGGUGGUAUUUUAUUUUGGCGCUAUCUCCAUUGAAUGUUUCGACACUGGUUACAGAGCCCGUAGUUUUAAGAAAAAGAGUAACUUUUGAUAGAUGUAUUCUUUCAUUGUCUGAAUUGCUGCUAUCCUCUCAAGAAUUUCCCAGAUAAAUAGCUGAAACGACUUGUCAAGAACGUCUUACCCUACGACAAAUCUAUAUAUAUAUUCGCGAAAGCAAUUGUUUUCAUCCUGUACCUAAAACUAAUUUCGUCAGCGAUAUUCUUGAAUUUGUUUAUUCAUUUAUUUGUCAAUUUCUUUAUUUUGCAGGGAAUGUUUUGAUCAAGUUCCAGUAGUCAACGAUGCUGGGUAAGGGUGGAUAAAGAAAUCCGGAUUUUUAUUUUUAGCUGUGCUUUGUUUGACUGGUUUAAUUCACCUCUGUUCUUUCCUUUGAAUCAGAGCUGUAAUGGGAAUGGUUACUCUUGGUAACAUCAUGUCGCAGAUUUUAAGCGGAAGAGUCACUCCUGAGAGCCCAAUAGUUAAAUGCAUCUACAAGAACUUUAAAAAGGUGAAAUAGAGACAUUCCUGAGCUUAUUGUUUAUUUUCUAUUCGAGCACCUGCUGUGGAAGCCGUAUUCCAUAUAAGUAACAACCAGCGUACUAGUCUAAUAAGAUCCGUUUUGGAUGGUUUGUAAGGCAAAGUCGUGUUUAUUUUUCAGGUUACACUAGACUCCAGUCUUGGUCAAUUGUCAUGUAUUCUUGAUCUUGAUCAUUAUGCUGUUGUAGUCCAUAGUCAGCGGCUCUGUAAGUAUAACAUGCAUGCAUUCAUAAACUAAGUAAACUUGUUUUAGAAACAGUCAGUUCAACUGAUCAACUUUCUAAGCCUGUAAGUCAGGAGUAAAAACAACAAUAACUGAACUGAACUGUUUGGUCUGAAAUUAUGCUGGUGAUUUCAUAAUUAGACUGUUCACAGUCCUCUAUUUUUCCGUAAGAUCAUCGAGAUCGAGCGCUUUGCGUUACGGGCUGCCAUCUUGCAUGAGUGUCAAAACUACUUAGGGAACGGGGGAAUACUUGAGUCAUAAUCCGAGCUAUAAUCCCCGACGCCCGCCCCUCGGUACAUUUGAAAAUCAAGAUAGCCGUGACGGUAAGACGCGGUAUAUCUAAACGAUCUCACCAAAAAAUAGGGGACUGUGAACAGCCUAUUUCAAAAUCAAAGAAGCGCGCAGCGUGAGUACCAUUUGAAAGUGUGAUUUCACACCAAAAUUGAACUACACGAAGUUCAAUUAUGACUUAAGUGAUUACUUCCAUUGUAAAAUCACCCCAACAUUGGAUAUUAGACAAUAGCAAUAUUCUCUUGAUCUAGCACCAGCCGGUUUAUAAAUAAGCGGAACCGGAAACUCUUUUUUGUCUCAUUUUGUAUGCAAAAAAGGUGCGGUUUUGAGCAGAUGUCACCUCAUGACUCUGUAUAAGUUACUCCGCUGAGAGCCCAUCAAAUGCGAGGAUAUCAUUCAUGAUUUCACAUUGAAUGUAGUAAAGGUAUGAAAUGCCAUGACUUAAUUAACACCUUAUUUCACUGAGGUCCGACAGCUGUAGGUAGUUACUGUGUAGUACGAUUGUUCUCAGAUACAUACUUACUGUGAUCGUUUUGGCUUGUUAGAUAACGAUAAAGGAAAACUGGACCAGAAAGAAAUGAUAUUUGGGAUUGUCACCCGCAUUGAUCUGUUAAACUUCAUCACUUUGGGUCAACAAGGAGAGGCGACUUCAAAUGGAGAAGUGUAAUCUGAAUUUCCAACCUGCUGUUUGUAAGAGGAACAAGACAAGAAUGCUGGCUAUUGUUUUUCACUAUGUUGAGCGAGAUAGGAAUGAACGAACCCACUGCUUCUCCCUAGUUUCCAAAGUUUCCACUCUGUUACAUGGUCGUAGCCCGUUUGUUCCUUUAACUUGCAUGAUUGACAUUCUAGGACUUUCAGCAGUCUGUUGAUAGAAAGACAGUCCAAUUUCACGUUUCACCCUCAUGUUUACGUGAAUUACUUUAAAUCACCCUGGAAAUGGAGCAUUCCUUUAUUGUAGCUUUAAAGAACUAAGAAAAUAGACUGUUACAGUAGUGAAGAGCAAAUGACUCGAGCACUUGUUGUUCUGAUAAUUGAAAUAUUGAGGCUGAUGUGACUACAGCUCAGCCAAAAUUUUUUUGCCUUGCCUCAAUGGAAAUAGGCAUCUUACUGCGUUUGCGCUAUUUAUGUCUUAUAAUUUAUUGGCACUCGUGUGUGAAAGCACAUUAACUUAUUUCUUUUUGAAACAGAACAGAGUCAGUGUAUGCGUAGAGCAUUUAGAAUACUCUUGAAUGUUUAUUAGUCAUAUGGAUAACUGAACACAGACAUUAGGUCAAGGCGGCUGAGUAUGCAAGUCUUAUAUUUUUUCCUUUAAAUAAGGAUUAAGCCCUUUUCUGUUACACUGUGUUAGUACGUAAUUGAACCAACCAGUAUGUCACUGUCUCGACUGAAAAAAAGAUCGCUUAAUAAUUAUUGUAUGGUCAAGAGGUGUACGAAGCACAUGUAAAAAUGGAUAAAUAGUGGAAAGCUCUUGUCACGUGGCAGUGAGAGAGUCGUCCAGUUAAUACACAGUUUGUAAAACUGCUUAAAAAUUAAGAAACAAAAGGAAUACAUUAUAAAUUUGUUCUUGACACCUCGUUAGAAAACGCGCAAAGAAUUUAGGUUUUUAAUAGAUAAAUAUAGUAUCUUAGUUGACGGCAGGUCCAAUCUAUAUCUUUUCCGCGGAUAUUUUGUAUGAUUCUUGGCAUUUAAGAUUGCAAAAUUAGGAAUUGUUAGCUUUGAGAAACCUCUGAGGCACCGAACGAAUCAAGUUCUGCAAAGGCUCUUAGCUCUUAAAGGAGCCACGUCACGCCACUGUCCGCAUCUUGAGAUAAUUAGCCUAAGUUUAUCAUGGGCGUUAUAAUCAUGCCCGGGGGGGGGGACUCCGCAUAUGAAAGGGGUGGGGAUCCUCGUCGGAAAUUUUGAAUUAAACCCCUAAAGGAGACCGAUCUUGGCGUGGCCCGAGCUUUUUUUGACCCCUAAAAGAGACCAUGUUAAAACACAGACAAAUGAGAAAAAUUGGAUUAUAUGAAUGAGUAAAUAAAACUAACUAAAAUAUACAUAUCAAAUAUAUAUUUUAUAUUUUUUCGCGUGCAACCCUAAACGAGACCUUCACGGCUAAAACUUUGCCCAGAACACCCUAAGUGAGACCCAAAUCCGAACUGUAUACCCCUAAGCAAGACGACGAGCAUCCCCACC